CAGACCCUACAGGGAAGGACCGCAGCGCAUUCGCCAGCCUGGCGGGCCAUAGAGUUACGUGACUGCCCCCCUGACCCCAAAGAGACCAUUGGGCCCGAUCAUGCACCUUUCCUGCGGUCCCUACCCGGUUCGCGCCCGGGUUCUGCGUGUGCCCCACCUGACAGUCUCCACAGUUCCAGCUGUGAGACAUAAGGUUGGACCAUGGCUCCCAGGGGAGAGCCCUGCCAUCAAGAAAGGCAGCACAGGACCGGCUUCUGCUCAUGGACCCGUCUCAGGACAACUCAGCAGCACCAGUAGGGGUGCCUUCCUAAGCUGCAGAGGGCCUGGGCACAGUAUCCUUCAGGAAGAGCCAUGGUGUUCAGGAGGGGCGGCAGCAGCUCCCAGCUGUGGCCUGGCCCCCUAGAUAUGCUUGGAGCUGCACUGCUGCUCAUCAGCCUGCUACAGGGGGCCCAAGGGAUGGCCAAGGCCAACCUCAGCACUGCUCUGGGCCACACAGGGGGCCGCUACUUGAGCAUUGGGGAUGGCUCAGUAAUGGAGUUUGAGUUCCCUGAGGAGAGUGAGGGCAUCAUUGUGAUCUCAAGCCAAUAUCCAGGACGGGCCAAUAGGACAGGGCCCAGCCCCACACUGAGGGUUACAUCCCUGGACACGAAGGUGCUGACCAUCAAGAACGUGAGUGCCAUUACCUGGGGCAGUGGGGGUGGCUUUGUGGUGAGCAUCCAUUCAGGCCUAGCUGGACUGGCCCCACUCCACAUCCAGCUCAUUGACCUACACGAGGCUGCACCCAUGCUGAUUGAGGAGCGGAGAGAUUUCUGCAUCAGGGUCUCACCUGCUGAAGACACCCCUGCUACCCUCAGCACCAACUUGUCCCACUUCUCGGAAAACCCAAUACUGUACCUGCUUCUGCCUCUUAUCUUUGUCAACAAGUGUUCAUUUGGGUGCAAGGUGGAACUCGAGGUUCUGAAGGAGCUCCUGCAGAGCCCCCAGCCCAUGCUGCUGGGCCUCUUGGGCCAAUUUCUGGUCAUGCCUUUCUAUGCUUUCCUGAUGGCCAAAGUCUUCAUGCUGCCCAAGGCCCUGGCCCUGGGCCUCAUCAUUACCUGCUCGUCACCCGGUGGUGGGGGGAGCUACCUCUUCAGCCUCCUUCUUGGAGGGGAUGUCACCCUGGCCAUUUCUAUGACUUUUAUCUCAACAGUAGCUGCCACAGGUUUCCUACCACUGUCCUCAGCCAUCUACAGCCACCUGCUCAGCAUCCACGAAACACUCCAUGUGCCCAUCUCCAAGAUCCUGGGGACCCUGCUAUUCAUCGCCAUCCCCAUAGCAGCAGGGGUGCUGAUCAAGUCCAAGCUCCCCAAGUUCUCCCAGCUGCUGCUGCAGGUCAUCAAGCCCUUCAGCUUUGUGCUCCUCUUGGGUGGCCUCUUCCUGGCUUACCACAUGGGGGUCUUCAUCCUGGCAGGUGUCAAGCUACCCAUUGUACUGGUGGGCUUCACGGUGCCCCUGGUUGGCCUCUUGGUGGGCUACUGCCUGGCCAUGUGCCUGAAGCUGCCAGUGGCCCAGCGACGGACAGUGAGCAUUGAGGUAGGGGUGCAAAACAGCCUGCUAGCCUUGGCCAUGCUGCAGCUGUCCCUCCGCCGCCUUCAAGCAGACUAUGCCUCGCAGGCCCCAUUCAUUGUGGCACUGAGUGGUACCUCCGAGAUGCUGGCCUUGGUCAUUGGCCACUUCAUCUACAGCAACCUGUUCCCAGUUCCAUGAGGCCCCUAGGUCAAGCUUUCAUCACCUCAGCCCCUACACUCCAUCCACUGUCCCCACAGUUCGUGUGUACCAAAGGCCUUUAGUUCUCAUGUACUAUGCACUCAGCCAAAUCCAGGCUUAUUUUUUUUUACUGGUUUUUUAUUCUCCGGCUUUCAGUGCCAAAGAGGCCAUGCUGGUUUAGGUAGAUGGGCACUGCCCAGAAAAUAUAUUUCAAUAAAA